AUGAGGUUGAAUGAAAAUGUAAAAAUUAUCGGGAAAAAUGUCAUACUGGUACCAUACGAGAGCCACCAUGUUCCAAAGUAUCAUGACUGGAUGGAAGAUGAGGAGAUAAGGAGAUUGACAGGUUCCGAGCGAUUGUCGCUUGAACAAGAGUACGAUAUGCAGCGCACUUGGCGCACUGAUGAGGAUAAGCUCACUUUUAUCAUUUUGUCAAGAUCAAUGACAGAUAAUGGCUCAGACGAGAUUGAAAGUAUGAUCGGAGACGUGAACUUGUUCAUUCAGUCGGAAGAAAGCGCUGGAGAGCUCGAGAUCAUGAUAGCAGAGAAAACAGCUCGGAGCCGUGGAGCUGGAACAGAGGCUGCAUCCCUUAUGAUCUCGUAUGCUCUCAAUGAACUACAUAUCGAAAAAUUCUUUGUCAAAGUGACAGAUGAUAACCGAGCUAGCUUGCAUCUAUUCGAAGAUAAGUUGAAAUUUCAUCGAGUAUCCCACAGCGACGUCUUCGGAGAAUAUACCCUUGAACUUCCCGAAUCUGAGAUGAAGUCUUUUAGAGAAAUAUUACAUACGGCUAGCAUAGUCUCUUAUAGGAAAUGA